GACGGACAGUGAUGAUGAUGAUGAUGAUGAAGGCUUGUUUUGUUACAAAUGAGGAUCUGAUCAUUAUGAACAAAUUGAAAGCUAUUUCCGUCUAUCGCAGUGUGUUGUAUGUGGAUCUCGAGCAGUAAUAAAAGCAGCAAUAACACACUUUUACAGACUCAGAUCAACAUCAUUAAACUGCAGGACGCGUGUGAUCCCUGCUGUACUGCAGUCUGACUCUGUAAGAUACUUCACGAUCGAGAGACGUCCGGCCUUCAGUCUCAGACAGACAGACCUGCUCAGAAAGACUCCCUUUGAGGAAAACACUCAAAUAUGUGAGCGCCAGAGCGGUUGGAGAGUUCUCAGCUGACGCGAGCGUUUGUGUCUGUGCUCCUCCUGGUUCAUGAGUAAUCUGUCUAAACCGAUCCUCUGCCAGAUCUAACCGAGCGGAGGAAUCCCUAAAGAGCAGUGACCGGCAGACGCGUGAGGAUGAGCAGGAGCUCCGCGUGCGCUGCGUUAUAACGUCUGAUCUGAAGGAGCCGCAGGUUGAAGAGCGUCCCGUAGGUCUCUGCCGUCUCACUCCUGCGCUGGCGAGCGAGGAUGCGCGGGCCGAGCCGCGGCCGGUGAGCAUGUACGCGGCGUCCGGUAUGACGGAGUGUAAGGCGGAGGUGACCCCGUCGGCGAGGAACGGUCACCGGGUGUUCAGCUACACGCUGGAGAGCCACACGGCGGCCGCCUUCUCCAUCAUGAACGAGCUGCGGCUGGAGCGUCAGCUGUGUGACGUCACGCUGAGGGUCAGAUACAACCAGCUGGAGGCCGUGGACUUCGUGGCUCAUAAAGUGGUGCUGGCCUCGUCCUCGCCGGUGUUUCGUGCCAUGUUCACCAACGGCCUGAAGGAGUGCGGGAUGGAGGUGGUGCCCAUCGAGGGGAUCCACCCGAAGGUCAUGGGCCGGCUCAUCGAGUUCGCGUACACGGCGAGCAUCUCUGUGGGAGAGAAGUGUGUGAUUCACGUGAUGAACGGGGCCGUCAUGUACCAGAUCGACAGCGUGGUCAAGGCCUGCUGUGAUUUCCUGGUGCAGCAGCUCGACCCGAGCAACGCCAUCGGCAUCGCCAGCUUCGCCGAGCAGAUCAGCUGCACAGAGCUCCAUCAGAAGGCCCGAGAGUACAUCUACAUGAACUUCAGUCAGGUGGCCACGCAGGAGGAGUUCUUCAACCUGUCUCACUGUCAGCUGGUGACUCUGAUCAGCCGUGACGAGCUGAACGUGCGCUGUGAGUCCGAGGUGUUUCACGCGUGUGUGGAGUGGGUUCAGUACGACCGGGAGAACCGGCGGCCGUAUGUCCAGGCGCUGCUGCAGGCCGUCCGCUGUCACUCGCUCACACCGCUCUUCCUGCAGCGGCAGCUCGAGCGCUUCGACUGGGACGCCCAGAGCAAAGACUACCUGUCCCAGAUCUUCCAGGACCUCACGCUGCACAAGCCCACUAAACUCAUCCCCCUCCGGACGCCCAAGGUGCCGCAGCUCAUCUACACGGCCGGCGGAUACUUCCGGCAGUCUCUCAGCUAUCUGGAGGCGUUUGACCCCUGCUCCGGAGCCUGGCUGCGGCUGGCCGAUCUACAGGUGCCCCGCAGCGGGUUAGCAGCCUGUGUCAUCAGCGGCCUGCUGUACGCCGUGGGCGGCAGGAACAACGCUCCGGACGGAAACAUGGACUCCAACAUGCUGGACUGUUACAACCCCAUGAACAACUGCUGGCUGCCCUGCGCUCCCAUGAGUGUCCCGCGCAACCGCAUCGGCGUGGGGGUCAUCGACGGCAUGAUCUACGCUGUGGGCGGCUCACACGGCUGCGUCCAUCACAACAGUGUGGAGAGGUACGAUCCGGAGAGGGACUGCUGGCAGCUGGUGGCUCCGAUGCUGACGCGGCGGAUCGGUGUCGGUGUGGCCGUGAUCAACCGGCUGCUGUACGCUGUGGGGGGGUUCGACGGCACGCACCGGCUGAGCUCCGCUGAAUGCUACAACCCCGAGAGAGACGAGUGGAGGAGCAUCGUGUCCAUGAACACGGUCCGCAGCGGCGCAGGCGUGUGCGCGCUGGGGAACUACAUCUAUGUGAUGGGAGGAUACGACGGCACCCAUCAGCUGAACAGUGUGGAGCGCUACGACGUGGAGACGGACGUCUGGAGCUUCAUCUCCUCCAUGAGACACAGACGCAGCGCUCUCGGAGUGACGGCGCACCACGCACGCAUUUACGUGCUCGGUGGGUAUGAUGGGAACACGUUUCUGGACAGUGUGGAGUGUUAUGACCCGGACACAGACGCGUGGAGCGAGGUCACCAACAUGACGUCCGGCCGCAGCGGUGUCGGAGUCGCCGUGACCAUGGAGCCGUGCCAGAAGGGCCUGAGCCCGUUUCAGAAGAGCUAGAAACACGUCUCCAUCUGUCUCUGCUCAUUAAAGACCUGUCUCUGUCUCAGCCGGCGUCAUCAGCACACAACACAUCUGCGGUUCUGAUGAAGCUCAGUGCACACGAGUCUCUUGCCUGUUUCAUGUGUGUUUUCUCUUGUGGAGUCGAGUGUAGGUUAGCCAUCGAGCAGCGGAACUCAACGGGAUGUGGAGUAAUAAAGUGCCACGAGCGCCGCAUCAGUGUCUGCUGGACUUCACACCAGUUUGUCAGUGCCGUCUGGCUCAGAUUAAGCUGUUCGGAUGAUUUUGUAUUUGUCUUUUUCAUGUCAGACGUCGAUCCUCGUGAACCUGAUGGUGGUGUGAUUUUGUGUGAAACAAACUAAAGAUGUGCCUCGGAGCUUCUGGAGAUGUACAUACAUACAUACGAGAUCGUUUUUACUAACAGAAUGAGCUGUGAAGCGUUCCAGAUUUAUCUAACCGAAUUCCAGCCUACAAAGGCAUUGAUGCCAACAUUGUUUUUGCUCAAAUGAAAGAUGAUUUUCACUGGCUGAUGAAAUGAUGUAUUUGUAAAACCAAUUUAAGCUGCUUAUCCAGGGAUUUUGUACGUUGGUAUUGCAUGAAGUCUGUUUUUUCUUUUAUUUAUUUGAAAUAUUGUCCCUUUGCCAUUAAUGAUUGGCUCCUGUUUGUUCUCAGUGGACUGAACUCGGGCUCAUUUUUACAAAUUAAGCUUUUUGUUUCAAAAGGGAAGCGUUUUUCCUUUUCAUCAUUCAAAAUUAAGUAUAAAGGUUUAUUUAAAGUCUGCCUUGUAAAUUUUACAGCAACGAAUACAUUGUACAAACAUUGUAUAUUAAAAGCAUACGUUUCUUGCA